AAAAGUUGCCGACUGCCGAUCAAUCAAGAAUCCAAGAAGAACACGACUGCACAAGCAUUCCACUCAAACUCUCACCAGAGCAGCACCUGUUCGGCGCAUCACCACGCUAGCACUCGCCCUGCCAGCCCAUCGCAGCUGCGCACCAUGGGAGGAGUCCAGGAGAGCACGCCGGCGUGCACGGCAAGACCGCGUGUGCUGCUCCUCUGCAGCCCGUGCAUGGGCCACCUAAUCCCCUUCGCCGAGCUCGCGCGCCGCCUCGUGUCCGACCACGGCCUCGCCGCCACGCUCCUCUUCGCCGCGGCCACGUCCCCGCCAUCGGCGCAGUACCUGGCCGUGGCCGCCGCCGCCGUCUCCGACCGCGUGGACCUCGUGGCCCUGCCCGCGCCGCCGCCGGGCGCGCUCCCUCCCUCCGCGCACGUGCGCGACCGCGCCGCGCACGUGCGCGACCGCGCCGCGCACGCCGUCGCCUCCAACGUCCGGCGCGUCAGGGAACUGGCGCGGGCGCUGGCCGCGGCUGCGCCCCUCGCCGCGCUCGUGGUGGACAUGGUCGGCGUGCCGGCGCGCGACGUCGCGACGGAGCUGGGUGUCCCGUUCUACAUGUUGUUCACCUCGCCGUGGAUGACACUAUCCCUGUUCCUGCACCUCCCCGAGCUCGACGCCACGCGCGCCGGGGAGCACCGGGACGCCGCAGAGCCGAUCUGUCUGCCCGGCUGCGUGCCGAUCCACGCGCACGAGCUGCCGUCGUCGAUGCUCGCCGACCGCAACAGCAACACGUACUCUGGAUUCUUGUCCAUGGCCAAGAAGGUCACAAGAGUCGACGGGAUCCUUGUGAACACGUUCAGUGAGCUUGAGCCCGGGGUGGGCAACGGAAUGGAUGGUCUGGGGCUGCCGGUCUACCCCGUCGGACCUUUGGUCUGGACCAGGCCGGUCGGCGUGGACCGGGACAACGAGUGCUUGAAAUGGCUCGACCAGCAGCCACGUGGAUCCGUGGUUUACAUCUCAUUUGGCAGUGGUGGCACGCUUACGUGGCAGCAGACGGCUGAGCUGGCGCUUGGGCUGGAGCUUAGUCAGCGUAGAUUCAUCUGGGCUGCCAAGAGGCCACAGCAAGAUACAGCAAUGGGAGCAUUCUUCGGAACUAAACAAGGUGAGGAGGACAUGGCAUUGGAUUUUUUGCCUGAGGGAUUCAUCGAGAGGACGAGAGGGCUGGGGCUGGUGCUCCCAUCUUGGGCACCGCAAACGGCGAUACUUAGUCACCCUUCGGUCCGGUGCUUUGUGACACAUUGUGGGUGGAACUCUACACUAGAAAGUGUGAUGAAUGGAGUGCCGAUGGUCGCCUGGCCACUCUAUGCAGAGCAGAACAUGAACGCUGCGAUGAUGGAGGUCCAAGUAGGGGUGGCGGCCCGGGUUAAGGUAGGACCUGACCGGUUUAUUACCAAAGAGGAGGUUGCAAGCGCGAUUCAACAUGUGAUGGAAGGGAAGGAAGCUGAAAGAAUGAGGGAGUGGGCAACUGAACUUAGAGAGAAAUCAGUGCAUGCUUUGAGCAAGGGUGGUUCUUCAACUCAUGCUCUAGCACAUAUUGUAAAUAUGUGGAAACAAAAUUCUUCUGGUAGGAAAUGAAGAAAUUGGGGAAUCAUUUUAUA